GGAGGUUCCUAUUGAUGUGUUAUGUUUUAUUUCUAUGGCGUGUAUAAAAGGAAAUAUCAAUGCAAACAAAUAUGAGGAUGACUUGCAGUCUAGUAAUGCAUAUGGCCUAGUAAAGGAAUAAGCUAGAAAAAUCGAUGUUGUAGUCUAUAUUACUACAGUACACACUGUACCUUACUCAGAAGAGCACCGGCUGGGAACUAGUGAGAUACACCGAGCGAAAAACAACAUGUCUAAGCCAACAUAUAAGCUCACGUACUUUAAUGGAAAAGGAAGGGCAGAGCUCAUUCGCCUGAUUUUCCACUCGAAAAAUAUAAAUUUCGAGGAUUAUAGAGUGGGAAAAGAAGAUUGGGAAGCAUUGAAACCAAAUACCCCUAUGGGCCAUUUGCCGGUGCUUCAAGUUGGGAAUGUGACAAUUUCAGAAAGUUUAACAAUUGCUCGCUUCGCUGCAAACGAAACAGGUAUUGCAGGUAAAACUGUUGUUGAGAAGGCCCAAGCAGACAUGAUAGUAGAAGUAUUGAAUGAGUUUGGGGCUGCAGCUAUGAAAGCGAUCUUCAGUGCAGGCGGUCCUGACAAACUACCUGCCGCCCUCGGAGCUGUCGUUGGGAAAGAAGGAAAGAAUGCUCUUGGUAGUGUCGAGAAAUCUUUUAUGGCAAACAAUCCUGGGGGCAGCUUCCUUGUUGGAAAAGAGAUAACAUGGGCCGAUAUAUGCCUCUUCAACUUGAUGGACAUCCUGUCAGAUUUCGGACAAGACGUAGAGAAGAUCUUAAAUGACAACAGCCCAAAACUUUUGACAAUAUACAAAUGUGUCGCUGAAAACCCGAACAUAGCAAAAUGGGUGCAAACACGACCAAAAACUGAUUUUUAAACAGGAUGGGUUUUCAAAUUGCUGAAUAAAUAUUAUUUUAGCUGUGGAAUUACAUGGGCCACUAAGGGAGAACUGUUGCGACAUCUUUGAUCACUGAUAAUGUGUAUAACCCCCUGGUGUUCUUGUUUUGAUGCCACAAUGGCCACUUUCUCCCAAUGCCCCUUUUAGCCACAUCAACGUUAAAUAUGUUUUGGAGGUCAACUGUACAUGUUUUUUGCAAUUUUGUCACUUCCAAUGGGUCUGAUUCUCCCUUUAAACCAGACUAAACUACAAAUUAAAGUAAAUACAGCAUAAAAAAUUGUAAAAUUAUAAGACACAAGUGAGUUUAAAAUAUUAAUGAACUUUGCUUACAAAUGAAUAAUUUGGGUCUUAAACUUUUUUUAAUGUAACAUCAAACGUAAAUGUACAUAGCAUUAAUAAAGUAUAACAUUAAUUAACGGGCCAUUAUCAAAAAUACACAAAAGUUGUAUAUCAUUUUGUCAGACAUUGAAGAUAAUAAACAAGACUAUUAAAAUUGACGCCAUGCCUUAUUAUUCAAGAAGAGAUUA